CUUCGCGCAGGGGCACACACUAUCAGGGGUCAACCAGGGGAGAAAAGUUGCAGAACACGAAUGAGAGAAAGAGAGUCCGCCUGUUAGAGACCCUGGUUUGCGACCAGGGGAACCAAUGCUGUUCCUAUCACCAACGCCGACGGACUCCAUCUUACCCCUGCUGGUUCCGGUGCGAUCGGCACCAUGCGCGCCAUGUUACGCUGGCGGCAUACAGUGCCUCCAGUCGUUGCCGUGUGGAUAUUCCAGGGACAUAGCGGGCUUGUCUUUCCCCUUCUGUUGUGAAUCCGAAAGCUAGUGAUGGUGGAGUUAAGGUUAUCCCUAGUGACGCCUCCAGGAAAAAUAAGACCACCACAGGAUGGCUGUAGGAUCCGGCUGCUUUGGUGGAGUUUAAUACUGUGGAUAAUUCCGUCUAUCUUCUUCUUCCUGCCGUCAUUCUGAUACAUACCGUCGUGUUACUCGAGACGCGUUGUGGGAAAUCCCCAACACAUCCCACUCGAGGGGUAUCAGGGCCAACCAGAUUAAUGAUCUGCAGAGGUCUAGAGACGAGCGAGGUUCGAGCAUCGUAUCGCAAAAUCUGUGAAGUGGCUCUCAUGCCCCUGCUUCUUCUCCCUUAUUGGUUCUCUCCCCUGACGGAGAAGCCGGUUCUGCCGCCGGUUCACUUAUUUUUGGUCUGGUUGAAUCGUGGUGUGUUUCAGCAUCUCCACCCAACACCUGUCAGUGGACGAUACGCACCACUGACCCUGGAUCCCAAUAUCGGUCGUCAACCGUGUCCCGGUUCAGGGUCGCAGGGACCGUCUGUAUCUCCGGCCAUGAUCGUCAGUGUUUUCUCCGUGCAGGUCACAUUGUCCAACCUGCUCCCCCCCGUCGGGCUCCGUUUCGACCUAUCAAUGCCGAAUCACUCUUGCCUAGGAGGGCUAACCGACGAUGGCCGUGACCCAUGUCCAGUUGCAGACCCUGUCGAAUGCUAUCUCCUGAGUCUCAACUCCCGUUGAGAAUGAUCCGCGCUCCCAAAUUUCCGACGAGGCAAUGGGAAAUCUAUAAAGCUGGACCCGACGCCUCCAGCUCUGGUUGAACCUGUCCAUGCUUGUAUAGCCCCUCCAGUCCUUCUUUUAUACAGACCAGAUAUCGCAUCACAAUUCCCAGCCAUCAUGCAGAUCUUCCCUGUCCUCGGUGCGAUCGCUGCCCUGGCCCUGGUGCCCACGGCUCUUGCUACGCCCGGUCGUCACCGUCCUCUCAUUAACCAUGGUGGCAUUCGUCUGAACACGACCACCCCGGCCAUCCCCACCUCUACUCCCAUCUACACGCCCACUUCGCCUCCCACCUUCAGCCCGACUCCCACCCCCUCCAGCAGUGCGGCCAAGCCCUGGUGGCGCUAAAUCGGUUCCCUGGAGGACCGGAGAACCUGUUGCUUCCUACGCUAGAACGGAAUGGAGCACCUAUGUCGGAGCCGAUGUCAGGGGUCCUGUACUAGUCCAUAGAGGGGUUUUGGAUUGCUG